CAACAUGCAUGAAAAACCCUACUUAAAACCCAACAGAGUUCGGUUGUCUUUCUACUCUCCCAAUAGUACUCUUUCUUCAGAGGGAGAUAGAGAUAGGUAUUCUCUUCAUUCCCCCCUUAUUUGUCUGUCUGGAAGCUCCAUUCGCAAUCAUUUUGGGGUGUUUUGUCUCAAAACUCUCUCGUCGGAGAGGUUUUUUACCAGGGCUCUACUCCGUUUGUGGUCUACACAUUUCCUUUCAACCCUUUUGUCCAGUUGCAGAAUCAAUUUGGGAAGAGUGAAUUGCUUAAUUUUGGGCGCAUCGUCCCAUUUGAUUUCCUUUUUGAUUUUCAGUUCACUCAUAGAAUAAAAUUUCAGGGCUCUCUGUUUGUUUUCAAGAAAAUGCCACUCGGACAAAGAGCGGGAGAUAAAAGCGACUCACGCUACUGCGGAGUUGAGACUGAAUUCGACGAUGACAUGCCUCAAGUUUUGGCUUCCAAUAUUUCUGGGGGUUUUGACUUCGUCGUGGCUCCUUUGAUGGAUCCAACAUAUAGGCCUAGCUUAGUGAAAAGUGAUGGUAGUAGCGCCAGUGUUCUUCCGUUUGCAGGAUCAGAUUUAAUUUUAAGCCCUUCACAGUGGAGUAGUCAUGUUGUGGGCAAGAUCAGUUCUUGGAUUGACUUGGAUUCUGAGGAUGAAGUGCUUCGGAUAGAUUCUGAAAUUGCUUUGAAGCAAGAAAUAGCUUGGGCUUCUCAUCUCUCUUUACAGGCCUGUCUUCUUCCUCCUCCACGAGGAACAUCUUGUGGAAACUAUGCAAGAUGCGUGAAUCAGAUAUUGCAGGGUUUAAAUAAUAUGCAGUUGUGGCUUAGGGUUCCUUUGGAAAAGCCUGAUGAUGAUGCCAUGGAUGCCAGCCCCAACCAUUUGAGUGGUGAUUCCUGGGAAUGGUGGAAUUCAUUUCGUCUGCUUUGUGAACAUCACAGUCAACUGUCAAUAGCACUUGAUAUACUGAGUUCACUACCAUCUGCAAACUCACUUGGACGUUGGUUUGGGGAGCCUGUAAGGGCAGCCAUAGUUCAUACCAAUACAUUUUUAACAAAUGCACGGGGAUAUCCUUGUCUAUCAAAGCGUCAUCAAAGACUAAUAACUGGGUUUUUUAAUCAUUCAAUACAGAUAGUGAUUUCUGGAAAACUAUUACACAGUAUCACCAUGGGGAUCUCAGAAUUGGCAGCUAAUCAUGCUGAGAAUGAUGUUGAAGGAAUACAUAGACAUCCAUUGAGGUCUUAUUUAGACUAUGUUGGGUAUCUUUAUCAGAGGAUGGACCCACUUCCUGAGCAAGAGCGCUUUGAGCUUGGUUACAGGGAUUUCUUGCAGUCUCCUUUGCAGCCUCUCAUGGAUAAUCUGGAGGCCCAAACUUAUGAAACAUUUGAAAAAGACACAGUGAAAUACAUCCAGUACCAAAGAGCAGUCUGCAAAGCUUUGCUUGACAGGGUCCCGGAUGAGAAAGCAUCAAGUGUAACCACUGUACUGAUGGUUGUGGGAGCAGGGCGGGGACCCCUUGUUAGAGCAUCAUUGCAGGCGGCUGAAGAAACAGGGCGCAGAUUAAAAGUUUAUGCUGUGGAAAAAAAUCCCAAUGCAGUUGUGACACUCCAUAGCUUGGUUAAAUUGGAGGGUUGGGAGAACAUUGUUACCAUAAUUUCUAGUGAUAUGCGUUGCUGGGACGCGCCUGAGAAAGCUGAUAUUUUGGUCAGUGAGUUACUUGGUUCUUUUGGUGACAAUGAGCUGUCCCCGGAAUGCCUUGAUGGAGCCCAAAGAUUUUUGAAGCAAGAUGGGAUUUCAAUUCCAUCAUCGUACACAAGUUUCAUACAGCCUGUGACAGCAUCAAAGUUAUACAAUGAUGUGAAAUCACAUAAAGAUCUUGUUCACUUUGAAACUGCUUAUGUUGUCAAAUUGCAUAGUGUGGCAAGGCUUGCUCCUUCUCAACCUGUAUUCACGUUUACUCAUCCAAAUUACUCAACCAAUAAAAACAAUCAGCGGUACAAAAAGUUGAGGUUUGAGAUACCGGCUGACACAGGAUCUGCCAUGGUGCAUGGACUUGCUGGCUAUUUUGAUGCAACACUCUACAAGGAUGUCCAUCUUGGUAUUGAGCCGACUUUGGCAACACCAAACAUGUUCAGCUGGUUUGCCAUAUUUUUUCCAUUGAGGACACCUGUAUGCGUACAACCUGGUUCACCUUUGGAUGUGCACUUCUGGAGGUGUUGUGGUUCUUCGAAGGUGUGGUAUGAAUGGUGCAUCACAUCACCCUGUCAAUCACCUAUUAACAACAGCAAUGGUCGUUCUUAUUGGGUGGGCCUCUAGCAAUUCCCGUAUCUGUGAUUGCAUUCAUUAGUUUUGAAAGUGAAGGAAAGCUGCGCCCCUAAAAAGGCUCGACUCGCAUCUGUUGUAAACCAGCCUCUGUUUCAUGCUUAAUUAUGUAUGCUAAAUUAAUGAAGGUACAUGCGUUGUUCCCCAAAACCAGAAGACAUCCUCUGAAAACUGAGUUCCCGUUUUCCCAGCCUA